CUGCUGCUUGUGAGGAGAGCAGCACGCUCGGUCUGUGCAGAGCGCCUGUCACACUUUAACGCGUUUGACUCGUCAGUUACGCGAAACUUUCUGUGUUUUUCUGACGGAGGAUUUGCUGUUAUGAUGUUGUCUCUGUAUUCUCUGGUCAUUCUGCUUUCUUCUGUGAGUGUGUGUGAGCUCAGGGUCGGUUCUGAUCCGGUUCCUCUGGACUCGAGCUCCGGGUGUCACUCCGGACUCAAACAGCUUCACGGACAGCAGGUGACCGUCCACCUUCCGCCCAACAUCACGGGACACUGGGUGUCCAACAGCUGCGAGGUGCGACCCGGCCCGGAGUUCCUCACUCGCUCCUACCGCUUCUUCCCCGACGGCAGCUUCCAGGCGCUGCAGUUCUACUACCAGGACCCUGACUGCAGCGAGCCCAGCUACAGCCUGCUGAUCCGGGGCGGCGUUCGGCCGCUGCAGGCCUCCUGGCUGGUGCGCGGAGGAGCCGUGUGCGAGUACCACCUGAGCCGCGUUCAGCUGCUGUGUCACGGCCCCGCGGCGGCACUCAUCCAGCAGCGCCUGCGAUCGGCCUGCGACCUGCGGCAGCCGCUGCGGCCCGGUCUGACGUACGAGCUGUGGGACGAGCGUCGUGACUGCACCCGCGGCUUAGACUUCAGCAUGCAGGAGCUGCAGCUGAUGCGGCUGGAGCGGAGCGGUCACCAUGGCGACCCCAGCAGCCAGAUAGAGGAGCUGUUCCUGGGAGACGUUCACACGGAGCGUGCUCAGAGGAGACUCCACCAGCCCGCGGGCUACCAGACCCCCCUACAGAGCGCCAAGGUCAGCAGGCGGACGUCUGCGCCGCUGCACAUGCAUGCGCUCGAUUAG